GGCGGCCCCGGCCGGGGCCGGUGACCAUGGGCAUCGCCGAGUCCACGCCGGACGAGCUGCCGUCGGACGCGGAGGAGCAGCUGCGCAGCGGCGAGCAGCAGCUGGAGCUGAGCGGGAGGCGGCUGCGGCGGCUGCCCAGCGCCGUGUGCGCGCUGAGCCGCCUGCAGAAGCUGUACGUGAGCGGCACGGGGCUGCGCGAGCUGCCCGAGGAGAUCGAGGAGCUGCGCGAGCUGCGCAUCCUGGCGCUCGACUUCAACAAGCUCGAGCGCCUGCCCGACGGCCUGUGUCGCCUGCCGAGCCUCACGCGCCUCUACCUGGGCGGUAACAGGCUGCUGGCGCUGCCCGCCGACUUCGCGCAGCUGCAGAGCCUGCGCUGCCUCUGGAUCGAAGGCAACUUCCUGCGGCGUUUCCCGCGGCCGCUGCUGCGCCUGGUGGCGCUGCAGUCGCUGCAGAUGGGCGACAACCGGCUGCGCGCGCUGCCCGCCGAGCUGCCGCGCAUGACCGGCUUGCGCGGCCUCUGGCUCUACGGCAACCGCUUCGAGGAGUUCCCGCCCGCGCUGCUGCGCAUGGGCCGCCUGCACAUCCUCGACCUGGACCGCAACCGCCUGGGCGGCUUCCCGGACCUGCACCCGCUGCGCGCCCUGCGCGUCUUCUCCUACGACCACAACCCGGUCACCGGGCCCCCGCGCGUCGCUGACACCGUCUUCCUCGUGGGCGAGGGCGCCGUCGAGCGCAUGGCCGAGCGCGACGAGCCCACGCCCCGGCCGCCACCCCGGCGCCCAGCGCGGGCCUUCGAGGAUGAGGAGGAAGAAGACUUGCUUAUAGGCGGUGGGGGCUCUCGGCCUCUGGGGCCCCCCAGGGGCAGCCUCCGCGCCCUGGAAGCCGCUCCAGGACUGGGCACCUGAGCCUAUGCUCUGAGUGUUGGACUUCGGCCACUGUGGGAGGAUGGGCUCUGGGAAGGUCUGUGGGACCGGUGGGCCCCUACUUGGGGCAGAGGAGGGACCACUUUGGGCCAGCUGUCGGGGACAGGUAGGCCUGGGGGCCAUCUUCUUGGGUAGUAAGAAGACUGCCUCGUGGCCAAUCUCUGGACAGUCCCUCCGAGCAAGAAGUCCUGGCCCUGUCCAGUCUCUGAUAGAGUCAUGGACAGUACAACAGAGGUGCCAGCUUCCUCCCGGAACCAGGGUCACCGCUGUCCACGAAUCACCACCUCGGCUGAGUCCGGACGCCCGGGGCACCCACCAACCUCCCUCCUGGAGUUUGGGUCUCCUAGACCCACACUUUCUGGUGCAGGAGCCACUGCCUCUGGGGGGACCGAAUGUCUGCAGGAGGCAGAACUGCCCUUGGAGGAGGGCCCGGCCCAGGGGCAGGGGCUUGGAGUCGGGGCCCGUGCCCAGGACAGAAAUGCUUGUGCCUGGAAACUUGCUGGGAGAAGAGAACUCCCUCCCUUCCCUACAGCCUGAGCCUUCCAGCUGUCAAGUUUGAAAAGAAGCCACUGUGCCUCUAGGGCCUCCUGCACCCAAGAGAGAGGCUCUCUGCUCUGAGAGGCUGCUCCAGCACCUCUCCCACUGCCUGCACUCUCCAUUCCCUUAAAUGGGCACCGUCAGGGUGGCUGGCACGGCGUGGGGCAUGGGACGAGCAUUGUGUGCCUCUACUCCGUCACCAGGGACAGCCCCAAGGGGGUGAUGAGUGGGGCCUCGCUUUGCAAUUCCCAGCGCCAGAUCUUUCCCAUCUAAGCAAUAAUGGGAGGAGGGGGCCAGAGCCAGGGACACUCAGGGACACUGUCAGGGGCAGGGGCCCCACUUGGUAAUGUUUUCUUUAGGAAGA